AUCAUGCAGUCAUUCACAGCCAAUACGAGAUCGAUCGACUAGAGCCGAGGAACACAUUUUUGUCUAUUUGAAAAGUUAGCUGUCAUAAACACAAAUGAUUACUAUACCGUUUAGCUCAGUUGAAGUGAUGAUUAGGUUGUGAGUUAGUGAUGGAGAACAUUGAUGAGACACCGUUUCGGAUCACCCGUACCGUCCAAGCUCUGGGCUCUGCACUACGGGGAGAGCCUGAAAAUGUUCCCGAUGCCGGUCUGGGUAGCGGGGACAGAAUCUCGAGUGAGCCGGAGAAGCUUUGGUUUAAAGAAAGCAGCUCUAAGAAUCUCCAAAACAGGGACUUCUUGUCACCCACUACGGUGCUGAAUACGCUUUAUGCAGACGGACAGGUUCCCCCAGUAGUGAUGGGUAGAGUGCUGUCUCUGAAAGGGUGUGGGGUUCUCCCUGUGGCUGGUGGGGAGGUCAUGGGAGAGGGGCUGAGGGUGCGGGUCGACCGGAUUGCUGCGUUUCAGAAGGUCCUGAGUGGAGUGUCGGCGUACCUGAAGCCUCCUAGCCAGAGACAGGGGGGUGUGGUGCUCAACUGCCCAGCCCUUCACCCCAAACCCAAUUUACCCUCCCCCGACACACUCACGCUGGGGCAACUACGCACCGUGCUGCUGACUGACCACUUAGGGGCGCUACUGAGGAGACAGGGGUUUACUGUGUCCUGCUGCCCUGUGCUGCCUGAAGAUAGCAACAUCAUCGUCUUCCUCCGAAUACUUGGCGUCGAUUGGCCGUCAGUGCCGGUCAGCUGGACCAAUGACGAGAGAGAGGAGAAGAUGUUGGAGGCUUUACAGAAUUCCCCAUACAAAGAAAGAGAGGAGACAGAUGGAGGAAGGAGAGAGAGUGAAGGAAAGAAGAUGGAGGGAGAGAAGGAGUGGGGGACGCUCAGGGUGAACUUGAAGAGGGUGUUUCAGGAGGAGCAGCUGCCAGGGUAUGACCCCAGCCUUGGUACCUGUACAGUGCAUAGAGACGGUGUGUCUCAUCUGGCCCAACUGGACAGGGCUACUACAGACUGCACAGUAUCCACAGCAACCGCGGUACAUGUCACUUCCUGUCAGGAUGAGUUCCGUCAGCAGCAGAUAGCGAUGCUAUGGAGAGCCAGCGGUGCAACAGUGACACAGAGGCAUCUAGUUUGUGGACCAGUGAAGACUCCUGGAAGUCACCUCAGUGCGGCCCAGUAUCUCCAACUGAGAAGAGUGCAGAUGAAGGAGGCCUCAGAGAUGAAGUACGGCGAACAAGUCCAAGGCCAGACUUGGGAUGACAUCAUCAAGGUCAUGACCUCAGCCACUGUGAGGUUUGAGCUACUCUCAACGGUCCAUAUGAGCCCGGUCACCCUGGACGUGCAGAGGGAAGGCAGUGUGUCCACCAAAGGCCCCAGAGGCGGAGUCUUUGUCAUGUACAACUGUGCUCGGCUCCACACCCUCUUUGACAGUUACGAGCGAGGCAUGGAGAAGGGACUUUACCCUGAAAUCCCAGAGGGCUCCCAGUUGGACUUCUCAGCUCUAAAAGAAGAGGGGGAGUGGCUUCUUCUGUUCAAUUACCUCAUUCCAUUCUCUGAGCUUCUCGACCAAUCAGGACAGGCGUUGGAGUGUGAUGGAGGAGGGGCCAGAGUCAACCUGAAGACUGAACAGAUCUGCAAGUUCCUGGUGUCUCUCAGUAAGGAUUUUAGCUCCUAUUACAACAGAGUCCACGUCCUUGGGGAGCCGUUGCCUCACCUCUUCAAUCAGAUGUUCUGUCGGCUGCAGUUGUUGAGAGCACUGAGAGAGCUCUACCAUCGCGCGUUGGAUACUCUUCACCUGCCUCCCAUCCGGCAGCUAUAGCCACAAAUACCCUAACUGUAGCCCCGAAUAUAGCCCCAACAAAUGCCCCCAAAAUACCCCGUCUGUAGCCCCGAAAUUAGCCCCAACAAAUUCCCCAAAAUACUCCAACUAACGCCCCAUGAACUGCCCCAAAUAUAAGGCCCAAUAUCGGCCGUAAAUUAUCACUAGCCUAUCCCCUACAUGAAAUACACAUAUAAAUGUCACUUUUACUGCCCAAAGGUGGUACUGUACUGUAGCUAUUAUUAGGCUUUUAUCUCCCCCCAAUUAAAACCCUGUGAAGUCCUCACGUACUUAUGUAUAUGUGACAUACACCUUGUAUUACACCCAGUCUAUUUACUGUUGAUGAAAGAAACUGUAUAGAUCAUUUGCACCCCUCUGUGAUGUCUUGGCGUAUCACCAGUAUCUCUGAUGUACCACAGACGCAGCCUCUACUGCCUUUGAACCAAUGAACAUCUACCUGUCUUCAGUCUUCCCUUUUACGAUACCAUAGACACUAUUCCGCUAACAGACACUGCCCUAGAGCCAUAGAUACAGUAUUUACACACACUGCAUGUACACCGUGUAAGCACUGCCCCCGCCCUCAUCACUAGAUAUUGCUCCUGGCCACCAUGAGCCAUUUACUGUCCCCUUCCCCUCCUACUUGAAUAAUACAAAUAUAUAUAUUUCAUUGGAACUGGCUGUGUCAGUAUUAUAUAUAUAUACUGUGGUAAACCGUGGAGGUGUUGGGUUGAGCGUGUGUAACCGAUGUGAAAUGGCUAGCUAGUUAGCGGUGGUGCGCACUAAUAGCGUUUCAAUCGGUGACGUCACUCGGUCUGAGACCUUGAAGUAGUUGUUCC